AUGAGCAGCGCGGUCCGCUACGAGCGCCAGGAGCAGAUCGGCUCCGGCACGUUCGGGCACGCCUGGCUGGUGCGCUCGCGCGCCAGCGGCCGCCAGUACGUUGUCAAGGAGAUCAAGGUGACGGCGCUGCCCGAGCAUGAGCGUGAGCAGAGCGUCAAUGAGGUCGCCAUCCUGUCGCAGUGCAAGCACGUCAACAUCAUCCGUUACAAGGAGGCGUUCAUCGAGCACAGCUCCGGCUCGCUCAACAUCGUGAUGGAGUACGCCGACGGAGGUGAUCUGUACGCGCGCAUCGUUGGCCAGCGGGCUACCGACGACCACUUUCCUGAGGAUCUGAUUCUCAACUGGUUCAUCCAGAUCACCUUCGCCGUCCAGUACCUGCACAGCAAGAACAUUCUACACAGAGAUCUUAAAACUCAGAAUAUCUUUUUAACGAGCGAGAACCUGGUGAAGGUGGGCGACUUCGGUAUCGCACGCACGUUGCGGAGCACCCAGGAGCUGGCUACCACUGCCAUCGGCACACCGUACUACCUGUCCCCGGAGAUAUGCCAGAGGCAGCCGUACAAUCACAAGUCGGACCAGUGGGCGGUGGGAUGCAUCGUCUAUGAGAUGUGUUGCCUCACGCAUCCCUUCAACGCGAACAGCUUCGAGAAUCUCGUGCUGAAGAUCCUACAGGCUCGCUACAACCCGAUCCCUAGUCACUACAGCCUGCUGCUGCGUGACCUGGUGACGGUGCUGCUGCGAACCCAGCCGGACCGGCGCCCCUCCGCCGAGCAGGUGCUCAUGAUCCCCGCCCUCAAGCCCUUCGUCGACUCCUACGUCCAGUGGCAAAACGCGGUGCUGUCUCCACGUGGAGGUCAUCGCACUGCCGGCUCCGGUAACGCAUCCAGCAACGGCUCCAGCAACGGCAGCAACGGCUCCGACGGCACGGACCGAGACAGCCUGUCGUCGAGCCACGAGGACGUGUGCGCCGCCUCAAUGACGGUCGACUCGCUCGAGACACCGGCUCCGGCCGAGGCGGACACGCGGCGGCCCGCUGACCCGCGGCCCUGGCGCUCCCAUUACGCCAACCAACUGGCCGAGAACGAGGCCGGGCGCGACGAGCCGCGGCGCACCAGCGGCGAGCCCGGCGCACGUGACGUGCCUGGCCCCGCCGCCGUGUCCCCGGUCAUGGCCCGCCGUCGCUCCGAGGACGCGGGAUCCCCUCAGGGCACAGCGUCUGAGGACGGGACGCGGCCGCGGAGCUACUCGCUCUCCAGUCUGAGUUCGAAGAGUCCGCACGGCGAAGACGCGGAGUCCCAGAGUCCGCAGACGUCUACCAACACUAAGCUCAAGAGUCGCGGCGCUUCCGGUCGCGGCCCGAGUGCUCUCAUCCGCCAGGUGCUCAAGAACAAGUUCGCGCGCCAGGAGACGCGGCCGCGCAGCGCCACGCCCGGUACCUGGGACGAGCCCUCGCCGAGGAGGUCUAAAGGGGCUGCCGUAGCCCGCCCGGUGGAGCGACCAGUGGCGUCUCGCAGCGACGGCUCCACUAGCAGCGUAGGCACCCGCCAGCAGCAGCAAGUCUUGAAGAACGAUAUCAUCCCCAGCAUCAGCAGCAACAGCUCUGUCGGCAACUCGAGAAGUCAGCAGCAGCAGGCGGUCUCCAGAAGCGACAGCAUCACAGUCGCCAGUAGCAGGGACAGGGGUGUGGGAGCCCAUCAUCAGGUGGUUCCACGCGGCGAUAGUUCGGCCAGCAACAUCAGCAGCGCCAGCAGCGUCAGCAGCGCCAGCAGCGCCAGCAGCGUUAGCAGUGUCGACAGCGACAUCGGCAGAAGCCAACGGCCACACUGGACCCACUCAGACGACCAGCAGCGGCGGACGGACCAGCAGCCGCCGGAGGUCAGCCGGAGACGGGAGGCUGGCAGUCCGCGGCCGGUACCGGCCGAACGUCCUCAAGAGCCAGGCGGCGGUCCGGAGCGUCAGCCGCCCGGCUCGGCGGCCGAGGAGAAGGAAUGCGACAGUCAGGAGGCCACGCUGGUGAACUUGUCGCCGCGCCUGCCGGACAUCAACCAGAACAGCAUUCAGCUGACAGGCUGCACCGCGCUGCACGCGCGCAAGGUGGGGUGCCAGAGCGCGGCGUGCUGUUCGCUGAUCUGCGCUCAGUGUCGCUACGCCAAGGACGAGCAGCUGGCCCGCGUGAUGUGGGUUGCAAGGAUCCGGCCCGGUCGACCGGCGGACGAGUCUACUCUGCUGGGGCACCUGGGUCAGAUCCUGGGCGCCGAGCGGCUGCGCGUGACACUGGGCCUGCUGCUGGCCCGCUGGGACGCCGAGGAUGCUGGCUGGGCCGAGGAGCUGCCGCUGGCGCUGGGCAGGGAGCACGUGCACCUGCUGCCGCUGCUGGUGCAGGCCGUCCAGCUGCAGACCAAUGUCAAGCAGGCCGCCAGCUAGGCAGAGCCCUGGGGUGUUGUCGCCAUGUCGAUGAGACAUUGUUUGGACGCGGGGCCGCGCUGCCAGUGCUAUUCGGAUACGCCUAGACUGCUUUUGGACAGCUUGAUACGUGGGUUCACUGGUGCUGAGUCAAUAAAACGUUUUAAUGAUAUUUAUACAGACAUCGGGAGAGCCAAGGGCAGCUUCCGUUAUGUAACAUUCGAGUAAUUUAUCAAUACGGAUGCCACUACCUAGUUUUGCAUUUUACUGAUUUUAUGUUCAUAUGGGUGCAACGAUGUUGACGUUGAUUCAGCUGGGACGUUCUAAAAAAAAAAACAUUGGCUGCUUUCAUUGUGUGAA